AUGAUGAGGAUGAUGGAGGAUGAGGAUGAUGAUGAGGAUGAUGAUGAGGAUGAUGAUGUCGAUGACGAUGAGGGUGAUGAUGAGGAUGAUGAUGAGUAUGAUAUUGAGGCCGAUGAUGAGGAUGUUGAUGAGGAUGUGGAUGAUGAAGUUGAUGAGGAUGAUGAUGAGGAUGAUGAUGAGGAUGAUGAUGAGGAUAAUGAUGAGGAUGAUGAUGAGGAUGAUGAUUACGAUGUCCAUGAGGGUGAUCAUGAGGAUGAUGAUGAGGAUGAUGAUGAAUAUGAUGAUGAGGCUGAUGAUGAGGAUGAUGAUAAGGAUGAUGAUGAGGAUGAUGAUGAGGAUGACGAUGUGGAUGAUGAUGAGGAUGAUGAUGAUGAUGAUGCUGAGGAUGAUGAUGCUGAUGAGGAUGAUGAUGAGGAUGAUGAUGAGGAUGAUGAUGUGGAUGUUGAUAAGGAUGAAGAUGAGGAUGAUUUUGAAGAUGAAGAUCAGGAUGAUGACGAGGAUGAUGAUCAUGAUGAUGAUGAUGUGGAUGAUGGUGACGAUGAUGAGGAUGAUGAUGAUGAGGAUGAUGAUGAGGAUGAUGAUGAUGAGGAUGAUGACGAGGACGAUGAUGAUGAUGAUAAUUAUGAUGAUGCGGAUGAUGAUGAGCAUGAUGAUGAGUCUGACGAUGAGGAUGAUGAUGAGGAUGAUGAUGAGGAUGAUAAUGAGGAUGAUGAUGAGGAUGAUGUUGAGGAUGAUGAUGACGAUGACGAUGAGGUUGAUGUUGAGGAUAAGGAUGAGUAUGAUGAUGAGGAUGAUGAUGAGUAUGACGAUGAGUGUGAUGAUGAGGAUGAUGAUGAGGUUGAUGAUGAGGAUGAUGAUGAGGAUGAUGAUGAGGAUGAUGAAGAGGAUGAGGAUGAGGAUGAUGAUGAGGAUGAUGAUGAUGAGGAUGCUGAUGAGGAUGCUGAUGAGGAUGAUGAUGAGGAUGCUGAUGAGCACGAUGACGAGGCCGAUGAUGAUGAUAAGCAUGAUGAUGAAGAUGAGGAUGUUGAUGAGGAUGAUGAUGAGUCUGAAGGUGAGGAUGAUGAUGAGGAUGAUGACGAGGUUGUUGAUGAGGAUGAGGAUGAGUAUGAUGAUGAGGAUGAUGAUGUCUACGACGAUGUUUGUGAUGAUGAGUAUGAUGAUGAGGAUAAUGAUGUCGAGGAUGAUGAGGAUGAUGAUGAUGAGGAUGAUGAUGAGGAUGAUGAUGAUGAGGAUGAUGUCGAGGACGAUGAGGAGAAUGAUGAUGAGGGAGAUGAUGAGGAUGAUGAUGUGUAUGAUGUUGAGGAUGAUGAUGAAGAUGAAGAUGAGGUUGAUGAUGAGGAUGAAGAUGAGUACGAUGAUGAGGAUGAUGAUGAUGAUGAGGAUCAUGAUCAGAAUGAGGAUGAGGAUGAUGAUGAGGUUGAUGAUCAGGGUGAUGGUGAUAAUGACAAUGAGGAUGAUGAUGUUGAAGAUGAUGAUGACGAGGAUGAUGAUGAUGAUGAUGAUGUGGAUGAUGAUGAGGAUGAUGAUGAGGAUGAUGAUGGUGAUGAUGGUGACGCUGAUGAGGAUGAUGAUGAUGAGGAUGAUGAGGAUGAUGAUGAGUCUCACGAUGAGGAUGAUGAUGAGGAUGAUGAUGACGAUGAUGAUGAGGAUGAUGAUGAGGAUGACGAUGAAGUUGAUGAUGAGGAUGAAGAUGAGUAUGAUGAUGAGUAUGAUGAUGUCUACAACGAUGAUUGUGAUGAUGAGAAUGAUGAUGAGGAUAAUGAUGACGAGGAAGAUGAUGAUUAG